AUGUUGAAACGACUAUCGGGCAUGAGAAACCCGUGGCGGAGCAACCUGACAUUCGCCCUCGCCAUUCUCUUCUCAGCCCUCGCCCCUAACAAAUCUUACGGACAGGACUAUGGCUCCGCCACGGACUCAGACACUCCCGAGGCCCCACCAAAGGAGGUUGAGCAUUGCAACGGGAUCUUCAUCUCCUACUCAUUCCAGGGUCGGGAGAAAGAAUACCCCCUCGUCAAGAACGUGUCGGCUCAGGCGUGGUCUUUCCAGGCCAUGGUCACCGUGCUGAAUGCCGGGUCGGAGGAGCUCAAGUCGUGGCAGGUGUUUGUGGGGUUCCAGCACCACGAGCUGCUGGUGUCGGCCGAUGGGGCUGUGGUUGUUGAUGGGGAAGGGUUCCCCGUGCGGGUCGGGAAUAAUGGGACCAUCCUUGCAGGCUACCCGCAGGCUGACCUCAAGACAGCUAUUGACACGGCUGCUGAUUACACCCAGAUGCAGGUGCAGGUUAACCUCAAGGGGACCAUGUUUGGAGUCAGUGCCAAGGCUACCCCUAUGCCCCGUGCGCUCAGGCUCGUCAACCAAGGGUAUAAAUGUCCAGCCGCCACCCGUAAAUCUGGGUACAUGUAUGUCUGCUGCAAAAAGGACCCAAAGUUCAAGUCCAAGGCCAAGAAGACCAAGUUCCUCCCGCGCCAGUACGGGGACUUGGACUUCACGUACGACGUGCUCCAAGCGUAUGAGAACAAGUACCUCGCCCAAGUGACGCUCGACAACAACCAUCCCCUCGGCCGGCUCGACCAGUGGAACCUGACAUGGGAAUGGAUGCGCAACGAGUUCAUCUACAGCAUGCGCGGGGCCUACACCCACCACCGUGACCCUUCCGAGUGCAUCUACGGCCCCCAGGGACAGUACUACAAGGACUUCGACUUCUCGACCGUCGUUACCUGCGAGAAGCACCCCGUCAUUGCUGACCUCCCACCCGAGUCCGCCAACGACGACAAAAUCGGCCGCCUCCCCUUCUGCUGCAACAACGGCACCCUCCUCCCCAAGACCAUGAACGAGACCAAGUCCCGUGCCAUUUUCCAGCUCGAGGUCUUCAAGCUUCCCCCGGACAUGAACCGCACGGCACUCAACCCCCCACAGAACUGGAAGAUCCAGGGCCGCCUCAACCCCACCUAUAAGUGCGGGCCACCCAUCCGAGUCGACCCGUCCCAGUUCCCCGACCCGAGGGGGAUCGACGCCACCACCUCCGCCAUCGCCAGCUGGCGGGUCACCUGCAACAUGACCCGCCCAAAGCCUAAGGCGGCCAAGUGCUGCGUCUCCUACUCCGCCUACUACUCGGAUGCGGCCGUCCCUUGCCCCACGUGCGCAUGCGGCUGCGACCCUGACGACGAGAAGCCCCGUUGCGACGCGAACGCGAACCCGCUCCUCCUCCCGACCAGUGCCCUUCUCGUCCCUUUUGCAAACCGGACCGAAAAAGCCCUGGCCUUUGCGAGAAUCAAGCACCGCUCGGUUCCCCGCAAGCUGCCCUGCCCGGACAACUGUGGGGUCAGCAUCAACUGGCACAUCGACUCAGAUUACAAGAAAGGGUGGACCGCGCGCCUCACGUUAUUUAACUGGGACGAUUAUGCAUUUGCUGACUGGUAUACCGCCGUCCAGCUCAAGAAGGCUCGGCCGGGCUUCGAUAAGGUGUACUCAUUCAACGGGACAGAGCUCGGAGACCGCGAUCGAACCAUCUUCAUGCAGGGUAUGCCAGGGCUUAACUACCUGGUCGGGGAGGUUAACGGGACCCACCCGGACAGGGACCCGCGAGUACCCGGGAAGCAGCAGUCGGUUAUCUCGUUCACGAAGAAAGGGAUCACACACGUGAAUGUGCCGGGUGGGGAUGGGUUCCCGAGCAAGGUGUUUUUCAAUGGGGAGGAGUGUGCGUUGCCCAAGGAGCUGCCUAAGAGGAAUGGGGCCAGCCGGGCGUCGGGCCAAGCGCUGUUCACAGGGUUUGCGGUGGCCGCUUUGACUUUUUUGGUGCUGGGGGUGGGCCAGUCGAUGAACUGA